AUGAGGAUACCAGUGUUCGUCUUGCUUCUGGGUAUUGCCCUCUACGCUCGGGGUGAAGCGAUCGAAAACAAGGAAGAGGAGGGUAGUUUUUUGAACUGCGUGCUGGAGGAUAACACGAUAGGAUGUAUGAGGACGAGGCUGGCCAGAGACAUCGAUCAGAUCGAGGUACAAGUGACCGGAAAGAAGAGCGAGGUGCCAAUGAGUGCUGUGAUCGAGCAAGCUGGUAAUUUCGUCGCGGAAGUCAUCGACGAUAUCCAGAACCCAGAAGACGCUGAAGAAGUCGAGGAAGAUGUGGAGAACGAUGGUGAACAAGAGGAAGGACGUGGGAAAAAAAUGAGAAAGAAGAAGAAGCACUUGCAAAAAUUGUUGGGCUUAGCCAUGCUGUUCAAGGCAAAACUGAGCCUGCUGCUUCAGUUGAUCUCCACACACUUCCAAGUGAAAGUCUUCGCCAUCGCGUUCAUCAGCUUGGUCAUCAACGCCGUCAAGUUUUGGUUGGACCUGAAAAAGUUACAUCCACCUAAGGUCAUUUAUUACGAACACGCUCAACACCAGCAUCAUUACGAUCACGACGAUCAAGAACACGGUUACUGGGGACGAUCAACGAACGACUCUCCUCAAGAUCUCGCUUACUCUGCCUAUACCAAGCAAAACUGA